AUGGCAUCGCCGCCAAUUGGGUUCAAUUGGGCUAACCAUAGCGUGUUUUCCCUCAACAGCGGCAUUUCUUCCUUCGCUCGAGCGGCUCGCCCGACCUUCACAGCCGGCUCGCGCCGCGCUGUGAGGCCAACUGCCUUCCGAUCACAAUUCGUCAACAGCCGGUUUGCAAGCACACAGGGUGUCGGUGAUGGCAAGAUCUACCAGGUCAUCGGUGCCGUUGUGGAUGUCAAGUUUGACGGCCAAAAACUGCCGCCUAUUCUGAACGCCCUCGAGACGACCAACAACGGUCAGAAGCUCGUCCUGGAAGUCGCGCAACAUCUUGGUGAGAACGUCGUCCGCUGCAUUGCCAUGGACGGUACUGAAGGUCUCACCCGUGGCGCCAAGGCUGCCGACACUGGCGCCCCCAUCACAAUUCCUGUCGGCCAUGCAACGCUAGGCCGUAUUAUGAACGUCACUGGUGACCCCAUUGACGAGCGCGGUCCCAUCAAGUCUGAGAAGACUCUGCCCAUCCACGCCGACCCUCCUCCGUUCAUCGACCAGUCCACCAGCGCUGAAAUUCUCGUUACUGGUAUCAAGGUUGUCGACCUGCUCGCUCCCUAUGCUCGUGGUGGCAAGAUUGGUCUCUUCGGUGGUGCCGGUGUCGGCAAGACUGUGUUCAUUCAGGAGCUUAUCAACAACAUCGCCAAGGCCCACGGUGGUUACUCUGUCUUCACUGGUGUCGGUGAGCGUACCCGUGAGGGUAACGAUCUGUACCACGAAAUGCAGGAGACUUCCGUCAUUCAACUCGACGGCGAGUCCAAGGUCGCCCUGGUCUUCGGUCAGAUGAACGAGCCCCCGGGUGCCCGUGCCCGUGUUGCUCUUACCGGUCUCACCGUCGCUGAGUACUUCCGUGACGAGGAGGGUCAAGACGUGCUUCUCUUCAUCGACAACAUUUUCCGCUUCACCCAAGCCGGUUCUGAGGUGUCUGCUCUGCUCGGUCGUAUCCCCUCUGCCGUCGGUUACCAACCCACUCUCGCCAUUGACAUGGGUCAAAUGCAAGAGCGUAUUACCACCACCAAGAAGGGCUCCAUUACCUCCGUCCAGGCCGUCUACGUCCCUGCUGAUGAUUUGACUGAUCCCGCCCCGGCCACUACCUUCGCCCAUCUGGAUGCCACCACUGUCUUGUCCCGUGGUAUCUCUGAGUUGGGUAUCUACCCCGCCGUCGAUCCUCUUGACUCCAAGUCGCGUAUGCUGGACCCCCGUGUCGUCGGUCAGGACCACUACGACACCGCCACCCGUGUUCAACAGAUUCUCCAGGAAUACAAGUCUCUCCAGGACAUCAUCGCCAUUCUGGGUAUGGACGAAUUGUCGGAAGCCGACAAGCUUACUGUUGAGCGUGCCCGUAAGAUCCAGCGUUUCCUGAGCCAGCCUUUCACUGUCGCUCAGGUUUUCACUGGUAUCGAGGGUAAGUUGGUCGACCUGAAGGACACCAUCACCUCGUUCAAGGCCAUCCUGAGCGGUGAGGGUGAUGACAUGCCCGAGGGUGCUUUCUACAUGGUUGGUGACUUCGCAUCGGCUCGCGAGAAGGGUGAGAAGAUCCUGGCUGAGUUGGAGAAGCAAUAA